AUGGCAACAUCCCCGAAGAUUAAGGUCGUUCGCCUUGCUUUUGUGCACUACCAACACUCCCAGUUGGAAACUGCCGCCCAGUUUCUCGAGGACUUUGGCCUCGUUGAAGUGUCUCGAGAAGGCAGUCGUAUCUAUUUUAGUGGAUUCGGGGCCGACCCGUACAUCUACGUCGCCGAACAGGCCCCAGGCCCUCGUCGCGCUUUUCUUGGAGGGACCUGGGCCGUGGAGUCGGAGAAUGACCUCCAAAUCGCUGCAGCCCACCCAGAUGCGUCAAAGAUUGAAGAUAUGACAGGGCCCGGUGGGGGUAAGACAGUGAGCCUCACCGAUCCAAAUGGUUAUCGUGUCAGCUUCAUCUAUGGCCAGAAGUUGCGUGAGGAUUCUAGCGUCGAGGUGACAGAUCGAAUCAUCGGUGGCGAGCAGCCAGUACUCAAUCUGGCAGCCGAGAAACCGAGACAAGGGAAGUUCCGCAGAUUUAAUUACGGGCCAAGUCCAGUUCAUAAACUGGGCCACUACGGGUACCUUGUUCCGCAAAGCAUGUAUCAGGCCACGCUUCUGUGGUAUACGAGUCUUAUGAACCUGGUACCCACCGAUGCCGUGUUCGACCCAAAGACGGGAGAAGACACGAGUUGCUUCAUGCACAUUGAUCUUGGGAUGACUUACACUGAUCAUCACAGUUUCUUCCUGGCCGCGAACCCGACUGGCAAGCCGGCAUUUGUGCACCAUUCUAGCUUUGAAGUCAAUGACAUGGAUACACAAGCCCUCGGCCACAAAUGGCUAGUUGAAAAAGGAUACACCAACUGCUGGGGUAUUGGUAGACAUGUUUUGGGUAGCCAGAUCUUUGACUACUGGUUUGACACCACGGGCAAUAUUCUCGAGCACUAUUCUGAUGGAGACUUGGUCAACAAAAUGACACCCUUUACGCGGUCAGCAGAGGCGCCGGACUCGCUGUACAUCUGGGGUCCUAAUAUUCCACUCGGCUUUGUGACGGGAAAUGCUGCAGAUGCGGGAAAAGAGGCUCCUGUUCCGCAGUGAGUUUCGCAGGACAAGGUGAUCAUUUGGCCAGGCUGGCGAUGUUCAAGCAAGCUGCUGAUCCCCAU